AGCGUGAGAUUCGUCAAAAACAAACCUACACUUGCCAAGAUGUUGGUUUAAAUUUGCCUUGUGGGACUCGAAAAGUAGUUUAAUUCAAAUUUUCUUCAGGAUACUGAGUCAUUUAAGAUCCUUCCUUCAAUUCGCUGGCACCUGUCUGGAAAGUGGAUUCUAGCCAUCUCUCCGUUUCUUCCCAUGUAUUCUUUCAAUCGCAGCUGGAAUAUUGUGGCUCAGUCGAAACAUAUGAUUCUCGACGAAUAAUACACUAGUAUUCAGGAUUGACAACAAGAAUAUGUCCACUAUUUUCCUUAGCACCAACUUGUUUUAUAUGCGCUUGAGGACUAGAUGGAUGUCAGCAUUGUUGUUGUGUGAUUUGGAGCUGGUCUUUGGUUGCAAGUUUGAUGGUUUGCAUUCUGUGGUUGCCAUCCCUCGUUUCAUGGUUAUAAUAUUGCUGCUGAAUAGCUGCCAGAAUUGGAAUUAGAAUGCUAUGUGGAUUGCUGAAUCAUCUCAUUCUUGGAAAGGAUUAUGGUCUGAUUUCUAAUCAAUUUGAGUAGAUGAACUAUGCUACAUGGAGAUAUGAUGUCUUUCCGGAAACUGGCCUACCAUACUCCAAGACUAUCUUCUGCAUUACUUCAAUCACUUGCUACUGGUGGUUUGAGGACUUAUGAGAAAUUUUCAGGAGCAGAAUGGAGUUGCAGGCCUUCCACCCUGUUCAGGGAAUUCAAAUCAACCAACUUAAUAGAGAAAAGCAAUUGUUUGGAUUUCCAGACAGGCUUUACUCGUUCUUCACUACCUUUUUCUACUGUUGCAGGAACAAUUCUUGUCCAGGCUCGAGACCCAGGCAAACUGUACCAGGAGUUAGAAGUUGCAAUCGAGGAACUCAGACUAAGUGAUGCUUGGAAUUUAUACAAGCAAUACAUGCAUAUGGAGGGAUUUCCUAGGAAAUCAAUUGUCAAUGUGCUUGUAGCUACGUUGGUAGAAAGUUUAGAUGUUCAAUGGCUGGAGAAGGCUUAUGCAUUGUUUGAACAAGCCUCAGAAGAGCACAAGCAGAACCUCUUUGAAAAGGAGACUCUAAUUUAUCUCUCUUUGGGACUUGCUAGAUGUGGACUGCCUGUUCCUUCAUCAACUAUUCUGAGAAAGCUUAUUGAGAUGGAGCAAUUUCCACCCAUUAAUGCUUGGGCUACAAUCCUGGCAUAUAUGUCACAGACCUCUCCUGGAGCAUACAUUGCAGCUGAGUUGGUUCUUGAGAUUGGUUAUUUAUUCCAGGAUGGAAGGGUGGACCCACGUAAAAAGGUCAAUGCACCAUUGAUAGCCAUGAAACCCAAUACAACUGCAUUUAGCAUUGCUUUGGCCGGUUGUCUUCUAUUCAAUUCUGCUAGGAAAGCCGAGCAACUACUUGACAUGGUGCCUCGGAUCGGUUUAAAAGUGGAUGCUACCUUGUUGAUCAUUAUGGCUCAUGUGUAUGAAAAUAACGGACGAACAGAAGAGCUGAAGAAGCUUCAGAGGCAAAUUGACGAAUCUUAUGGUGUAAGUGACUUACAGUUUCUCCAGUUUCAUAAUUGCUUACUCUCAAGUCAUCUAAAAGUCGGGGAUCUAGAUUCUGCAUCUCAAAUGGUGCUGGAAAUGCUUCACAGGGCAAAGAAAGCGCAAAGUGCUUUUGGGGCAACUACUUCAGCAUUCAAAAUGGUAGCAAAUGGUAAUAGAUCAUCCUCUGGACAUGUUUCUAAAGAGGAUUUAGACUGCAGAGAACCAGAUGGAUUGGAAUAUCCUACACUACGCCCUCUUUUGUCUUAUGAAAAUUUCUCUAGAGACAGGAAGUUUUUGAAACUUGGGGCAGAGGCCAAAGAAUUACUUGAUGUUUUGGUUUUCAAGGUACAGAGACAAGUAGAAUUAAUAACUACUGAACAUGGUAUUCUCCAGCCAACAGAGAGAUUGUAUGUGAAAUUGGUUAAGGCUUUCUUGGAAUCACAGAGGACAAAAGAUUUGGCAGAGUUUCUAAUCAAAGCCGAGAAAGAAGGUUCUCAAGUUUCUGCAGAUAAUUCUACCUUAAUACACGUCAUAAAAUCAUGCAUAUCCCUUGGAUGGUUAGACCAGGCUCAUGAUCUGCUUGAUGAAAUGCGCUUGGCAGGUAUUAGAACUGGUUCUUCUGUAUAUGCCAACCUCCUAAAAGCAUAUUGUAAAGAAAAUCGAGCAGGAGAGGUAACAUCAUUGCUUAGGGAUGCCCGCAAAGCUGGAAUACAGCUAGAUGCAAGCUGCUAUGAAGCAUUGAUUGAGUCACAGGUGCUCCAAAAGGAUACUCAAGGGGCCCUUUGUCUGUUCAAAGAGAUGAAAGAGGCUAAAAUACGCAGAGGUGGUCAUCAAGAUUUUGAGAUGCUGGUUAAAGGAUGUAGUGAGAGUGGUGAAACUGAUCUAAUGUCAAAACUCUUGCAGGAAAUUAAGGAAGGGCAUAAAAUUGAUUGUGGAGUUCAUGACUGGAAUAAUGUUAUUCACUUUUUCUGCAAGAAGAGGCUGAUGCAGGAUGCUGAAAAUGCAUAUAAGAAAAUGAAAAGCUUGGGUCACUCCCCGAAUGCACAAACUUUCCACUCUCUUGUAAUGGGCUAUGCUGCUAUUGGGACAAAAUAUACAGAGGUUACAGAAUUAUGGGGUCAGAUGAAGGCUCUUGCCUUUUCCAGCAAGAUGAAGUUUGAUCAGGAACUAUUGGAUGCUGUGCUUUAUACAUUUGUGAGGGGUGGGUUCUUCGUUCGAGCCAAUGAAGUUGUUGACAUGCUUGAGAGGGGAAACUUGUUCAUCGACAAAUAUAGAUACCGAACCCUGUUCCUGAAGUACCAUAAAACACUAUACAAGGGCAAGGCUCCAAAGUUUCAGACAGAAAACCAAAUGAAAAGAAGAGAAGCAGCUUUGAAUUUCAAAAAGUGGGUUGGUCUAAGUUGAAGAAGACAUCAAUGUGGUGAUAUUCUAGGAAUUAACUAUUUCAUCAAGGCUUUCCUGCUUUGAUGAAUUUGUUUUAGCUGGCCAUUGAAAAGAAAACCGUUAACAAAGCUCCCACAAUUUAAAAAGAAGAUUUGCAGAUACCAAGUUCCCAACUGCCGAUUGUGGUCUUUGAACUCCACUUAUUUGGAGGAGUGGAGUUGGUUGAAACCACUUCCCAUUAGUCUUGCCAUGUAAUCUAAGUACUCAUCUUGGUGCCUGCGCAGAGUCCGCUCCGCAAUUGUAUUACCUAGUUGUGAGUUCAGUUAUUUUAGUUCUCCAAAUUCUUCAUUAAAAAAUUUGACUUGACAGUAGUGAAUGAUCUACUAAUUUGUCAAUGGUUUCCAUUUCAUAUUACAUGUAAAUUUGUACAUAUGUAGAACUCGGUUCAUGAUGGGACCGCUUGUUGAACUUCUCAUUGACAAUAACAUCAUCUGAUUUUAUAUCAA